UUUAAAUUUGAAUUUUAGCGAUAUUUGAAAAAUGAGGUUCAUUUCAAAAGCGGUGGACCAGUUUUCAUAAUGAUCGGGGGAGAAUGGAAAAUAAGUGAAGGUCAUAUUUUGCCAGGUCGACUCAUUUAUGAUAUGGUGGGAAAACUUGUCAUCAAGUGAAAUGUGUGUUUCAAUCACCUACGAACACGAGGUCGAAGUAUUGAAAAAUUCAACUUUACCUUCUGCUGCGCGUCCAUGGUAUUACCAAACUUGUGCAGAAUAUGGAUGGUAUCAGACAACAGACUUUAAGAAUCAGCCAUUCGUAUCAAAAUCACCGCUUAAAAAUUAUUUAUCACUUUGCCAGGAUGUUUUUGGUGAUGCGUUUGGAGUUUCAUUAGUCGGGAGUAAUGUUAAUCACACUAAUGUUAUGUAUGGUGGACUUGAUCCGGCCGUAACAAAUGUAUACUUUACGUAUGGUUCGCUAGACCCUUGGCAUCCAAUGGACAUUUUAAAAGACUUAAACAAAAAUUCGCCAGGCACCGUCAUCCCAGGCAUUUCCCAUUGUCAAGACACGGCUUCAAUAAAGACUGAAAAAGACUCAGAACAACUCAUCGCUUCCAAAGUGAAACUUCAAAGCCUCGUGAAAAAAUGGUUGAAAAAAUAAAUUUUUGUAAAAU